AUGGGUGCACACAAAUACCUCGAGGAACUUCAGAAGAAGAAGCAGAGCGAUGUCAUGCGCUUCUUGCUGCGUGUGCGCUGCUGGGAGCUCCGCCAAUUGAACGUCAUCCACCGCGCCUCUCGCCCAUCCCGCCCCGACAAGGCCCGCCGCCUGGGUUACAAGGCCAAGCAGGGCUAUGUCAUCUACCGUGUGCGUGUGCGCCGUGGAGGCAGGAAGAAGCCUGUGCCCAAGGGUGCUACAUACGGCAAGCCCACCAACCAGGGUGUGAACCAGCUCAAGUACCAGAAGUCCCUCAAGAACACCGCCGAGGAGCGUGUCGGCCGCCGCUGCGCCAACUUGCGCGUGCUCAACAGCUACUGGAUCAACCAGGACAGCACAUACAAGUAUUAUGAAAUUAUCCUGGUCGACCCCAUGCACAAGGCCAUCCGCCGCGAUUCCCGCAUCAACUGGAUCGUCAACCCCGUUCACAAGCACCGUGAGCAGCGCGGUCUCACUGCCACUGGCAAGAAGAGCAGAGGUCUCAACAAGGGUCACCGCUACAACAACACCCGCAGCGGAAGGAGGCACACCUGGAAGAGGCAGAACACCCUCAGCUUGUGGCGAUACAGGUAG